GUCACCAAAAUUGAUCUUUGUCCCGCUGAGCACCUGAGCCUCGUGUAACCAUGGCAACAGAUAUGCGUAAUCCCCUGAUAAAGGGAAAGAGCCAGGAUGUGGAGGAUAUUUCCUUGGAGAAUCUGGAUGACUUGCUGGCUCAGCUGUCACAGGCAGAACUUGAGGAGCUGAACGGAGAUUUCGAUCCAGAUAAUUCGCUUUUGCCGCCAUCUCAGCGUCAGAGAGAUCAGACAGACAAAGAGCCCACAGGACCUUUCAACAAGAAACACCUGCUAGAAUUUCUGGAGAAACAGGCUAAAGAAGAGAAGGACUGGGACACUAAACCCUUCACUAAGGAGACAAGAGGUAAAGUGUUUGUGCCUAAGGAAGUGGAGGAGGAGAAGCUGAGGCUGGGGGCUGAUGAGGAUGGUGUGGAAACAGAGUGGGACGACAUCCUCCAGCAGGCCUCUGAGGAGGAACUCGUAGACUUGGCAGCUGUACUGGGCUUCCACUCGAUGUUGACUCAGGUGCAGUACCACGCUUCACUACAAGAUGAAGCCAUCAGUAAUCAUGGCGGAUUUAAAGCGGCUGCCAAAGCUGAAGCCUUGAAAAUUAUCCCAAAUGAACCACCAAAUCCAACAGAUGUGGAAGAAACGCUGGAGAAAUUGAAAAACAAUGACUCUAAACUUGUCAAUGUGAACCUUAACAACAUUAAAAAUAUCUCAUUGGAACGUCUGAUUGAACUGAGUGAAGCUCUGGCUACAAAUUCACACCUCAAAGUUCUCCAUAUGGCUAACACAGGCUUUACAGACAAGGCAGCAAAGGUUCUUGCCCAGUCAUUAGAGCAGAACAAAACGUUACGUGUCCUGAAUUUAGAGUCUAACUACAUCACUGGGGAUAAUAUCUUGGCCUUAGUGCAGGCAAUCAACAACAACAAGACGGUGGUGGAGUUGAGGGUGGCUAACCAGAAACCCUCCAUUUUGGGCAACAGGGUCGAGAUGGCAAUCUCCAAGGCAAUAGCAGAGAAUGAUAACAUUUUGAGGUUUGGAAUUUUCUUUGAGUUCCCUGAUGCCAGGAUCCGAGUGCAUGAAAAAUUGAAGGCCAACAAUGACUUGUUGAGGAAAGAGCGUCUGGGCAAGGCCAAGGGGACAUAAAUCUGUCGUCUGGAGAAGAAUCUCGUAAAUCGUGGAACCAGAGAUACCUUUAUUAUAAUGUGACUUUUUUGACCAAUCAUUGAUUGGCAUUUUUAUCUAUGCGGCACAUCUCUUUUUUGAAGUGCGGACUUCUGCUUUCCCAUUUGCAGAGCUGUUGUUGUUGUAUCCAGUAGUGAUUUCUGAAAAUAGCUGCUUCUUCGGUUGCCAUAAUCUUGGAAGCGUGUUAUGUACCUGUUAUGUGUGGGAGAAAUGCAACCACUUGCAGCUAGAGUUUUAUUCGGUGCUGAAUAGUUGGCAUUGACUAGUGUCAUUUCUACGCACAACAACGUAAGAGAGCCAGCUAACAGAGAGGAGGGCAUAUUGAAGAUUACCCUGUACAGACAUGGAGUCAAGUUCACCAAUCGCAUGUAGUGUAACAUCCUUGUAAUGUCCUUGUAACUAUCCAGGUGAGGUAAUUAAACGGUUAUUGCACUGGCAUGGCUUUUUGUUAAAUGGCGUAUAAUCUAGUAAAUGUAGCCGUCUCCAAAACCAAGUUCUCAUGUAUACUUAUGGUUAUUGCCUAGUAUCAUGGCACCACAAACACAUUUAUAUACACGCAUCAUGAUUUAAUUACAGACAUACAUUAACAAAUUUUAUUUCCCAUUGUUGUCAACUUUAAGACUUUUUUAUUUUGUGUCUGCUUUAGCUGUCUUCAACUCAGUGCAGACAGAACUUAACAAGGUGCAAAUGUGUAUGCAAGAUUUUGUUACAGUCUCUAGCAAAGGAAUUUUGAACAUUUAAAUUUGUACUGAAGUUUUAUACAUGUGUUUGGCUUUUUGCUGAAGCUGAGAAUAAAGAAAAGUUGCAUGUUGUGUAAGGCAUGCUUUCUGGUGUAUAUUGUGUCCUUGAAUGUCAAUUUGCGAAAGAGUAUAGCAGUUGUAAAAGCUUUAACCAUACCUGUUAUAUUAAGACUGCUGUGACAUACGAGGCCUAAAGAUCCUGACAACUUGCCUGUAUCGGACUUACAGAAUAUCCCUGAUUUGAAAGGGCUGUAGAAGUCCACAACUCUGCAGCUUUCAGGAAAGGUCUGGUAUCCCUUUCAAAACAUCUGCAUAGUGGCUCAUUUGAUACUGGGGACAAAACAGGUGCAAAUUUGUAAUGCACUGAAACUUUUAAAUCUUGGUCUUGUUUAGCACAACAGAUAGAAUUUAGGUGCAGCUUUUGCUGAUGCAAGUGUGUGCUUUGCCAAACAUUAUAAUCUAGCAUGCACUGUACACAUAUGGUACUAUAGAUGCGAACUGAAUUAACAAAUAUACAUGCAAACAUGGGAAUACUUAUGUAGGUAUUUGUUUAUGUAUGAGCUUCAAAGUACAUGUAAGUUAAAAUGGUGUGGUGUUAAAAACAUGGUGAUCAAUUUGCUGCCCUUGUGUAGAAUUUUUUUUAUCACCUUUUUUAUGUGCCAAUCUAAUUUUGGCUAGCAAGGUUGAAGAGUUUGUAUGUUAUAUAUGUCUUUUUUUUUUCAGUUGACAAGUUGUCUUGAUGGUUACAUUUGCUGUGACACCACAGGUGGCAAACAAAAUCAUGAUGUAGUAUUUUUACAUGACUAUUCAUUUUAAUUGUUUUGUUUUUAACUUUUUUAGUUUUCGAUUAUAGAUUUUAACAUGGCUUUAUUAAUUCUAUUUUUUUUUUCGUACUUUUUUCUACAUUGGCAGAAGAGAAUGGGACCUGAAAAACAGCUGUUUUGGAAAUGUUUGGCUUUGUAAAUUACAAAUAAACAACACAGAUAAAAUGAGUCUAACAUCAACACUAUUAUAUACCUCAUAAACUUGAUUACUCCAGUGGUAAAUUAUUAACAUUUUUGUUAAGGUUCUGAUUUAUAUACAUGUAUAGUUUGUAUCAAAAAUAGUUGCAUUUUCAGUGUAAAAUAUGCAGUCAUAGACAUUUCAUGUUGGAGAUAUCGAAACCAUUUCAAGUACAUGCAUCAGGUUUAGCUGAUUUCCUGUUUUUUUCUUGCCCAGCCAGUCAUGUUGUACUCGAAUGAACAUAUAACCCUUGGUGUGUAUUUGUAGAGGACUGUGUACACCCCCUCUCCAUUUCUCAUGUUGAAUUGUGUUUAUAGGCAAACAGGCAAAACCCAUGUAUUUCUAAAAUACCACCCGAUCUCUGACAUUUUUGGCUCUUCAAGAACAUUUUUAUUAUGACUACCGAUACUACUAUUAUUAUUAUUAUGUAGGAAAUUUAAGAAAACAUGUAACUGAAUUGUUGUACUCUGAAUACUCUAUGAAUUGAUACAUUGGAGAAGGGUUCUGAUGAGUUCACUUUCACUUUCAGUUUUUAAUAUUGUGUAGAAUGUGCACGGCUCAUCAGGCAUUUAGUUUACAACCUAAGCAGCGAUAUAACCAAACACUAGUACAAAUGAGGUUUCAUUGCUAUGUCAUAUUUAAGCAAAUUUGAGUCCCAAUCCAGGUAUUUUGUAGAAUUCACCAUACCGGUAUAUGAAGCCACGUGUAUGUUAUGAUGCAUGCUCUAGGACUAUAAAAGUCCAUAGGUCCUGUACUAUACUGUAUGUACAUGUAUAUCUUACUGCAUAUUAUGUAUAGAAUUUGCCGUUUUAUUGGCCGUGAAACAGGACAACAUGUGUAUAAUAUGUGCGGAGUCCUGCACAGGUGUGUCUCAAUUUUUCUGAGUUGUUUGAAAUUUACUUUCAGUCUGCGACUGGCGUUUUCACAUGCCUUAUCCACAAGUAUCUAGGGCAAUGUAAGGAAUGGUUCAAGGCAAAUGACUUUUUUAACAAGUGUUUUUGAAUACAUACUUCUUAAGUCUGGCAAAAGACGGCAUUUGGUUGCAAAAUGGAACCUUUGUUAAGCAUGGUAACACUUUUAGAGCAAAGUUUUUAAUGACUUUUGACUCAUUAGUAAAAAAAAAAAAAAAAGCCUCCUCAAAGAUAAGAGAUAGAUUUGUUUAAACUUAUGUGACCCUAUGCAUAAGAGCCUACACGUACAUGUAUGUACAGUUAAACGAGUGUAACAUUUGUUUUAUUUUCAUAAAUGUACGGGAAAGAAUGAAAUAACUGUUGACAAAAUGAUAUAUUAAUGUGAAGCUUCUCUUAUGUAUGCAUGGUUGUCUCGAUAAUGGCCUGUAUAAUGUAACUCCAAACCUGGAGAAGGAUUCAGGGGAGAUUACUGCGUGUGUCUGACUGCAAUGCAGGGCUUACCAAAUAUAAAAGAUUUCCUCCAAAAUGAUUUCUUUUCUUCCAC